CUUCCGCCCUCUUGCAAGCCCAGUUUUCCAACAGUCUCCGGUUUCUGCACCUACCAUCAGUCAGCCAAUCAGAGUCUGCAUAAGGCCCCGCCGGACGCUAAUUGGUACCCGCCGCCUGCACAGCAGCCCGGGAUCUGCGCCCCGGUUUGGACACCCUAGCUCCAGCUAGUAGAGGGUGCACGAGCCUGCAUUGCUGUGGCCUCUAGGGUACCUUGGGAUUGCCCCCAAGCGCUUUUUCCGAGACAAGCAUCUUGCGUCCCUGGCAACCCAGCUCUCCCCGGGGUCACAGGCCAGAGCAAUCAACCCCCAAGUUCCGAUGGGCCCCACAGGGGGCGCGGCGAGGCCCGGGCGCUUCUUCGGCGUCUACCUGCUCUACUGCCUGAACCCUCGGCACCGGGGCCGCGUCUACGUAGGGUUCACGGUCAACCCUGCUCGUCGGGUGCAGCAGCACAACGGGGGCCGCAGAAAAGGCGGGGCCUGGCGGACCAGUGGACGCGGGCCCUGGGAGAUGGUGCUCAUCGUACACGGCUUCCCCUCCGCAGUGGCCGCCCUUCGGUUCGAGUGGGCCUGGCAGCAUCCGCAGGCCUCGCGCCGCUUGGCGCACGUGGGUCCGCGCCUGCGCGGCGAGGCAACCUUCGCCUUUCACCUGCGCGUGCUGGCGCACAUGCUGCGCGCGCCGCCCUGGGCGCGACUCCCACUCACCUUGCGCUGGCUGCGCGCCGACUUCCGCCAGGAUCUCUGCCCGCCGCCGCCGCCUCACGUGCCGCUGGCCUUCGGGCCUCCGCCGCCCCGGGCUUCAGCCCCGAGGCGCCGCGCGGCUGACACCGAGUCCGAGCUGGAGCAUGACGCCGAGACCCGCUGCACCCUGUGCGCGCGUGUGCUCCAGGAUGAAGAAGACCCCCUGUGUUGCCCCCACCCUGGCUGCUCCCUGAGGGCCCAUGUGAUCUGCCUGGCAGAGGAGUUCCUGCAGGAGGAGCCAGGGCAGCUUCUGCCCCUAGAGGGCCAAUGCCCUGGCUGUAAGAACUCACUGCUGUGGGGAGACCUGAUCUGGCUGUGCCGGAUGGGCACCGAGGAGGAAGAGGAGGACUCGGAAUUAGAAGAGGAACACUGGACCGACAUGCUGGAGAUCUGAUCCUCAGCGUCCCCAACCUCUGCCCACUCCUUUUCUGUGCCACCCCCUGUGGGUCUGGGCAGUUUUUACUUGAGUACAAUAAAAAGUCUGAGUUAAGGUA